AUUGUGGAUUGGAACAAAUGGUUUGCUGAUAAUAUUGUUUCAAUGCCUAGUGGAUUAAUCUUGUUUUAAAUUCGGUUUGAGUGACGUGGUUUACGAAAAUCGAAUUUUUUUGUUUGCUGGAUCUCUGUUCAUCAUUCGUGGUUGCUGAAGGAAGAACUGGAUUAGAGUUCCCACGCAUAUGACUGCUGCUUCUCGUGCGUUAGUUAGCAAAUUCAGGCCCAUCGGUGCUUCAGGAGGAAGAUGGGUUGGCACAGUGACUCCCAGGAAAGGAACAAAUGAUAAUGCUGGUGAAGCGAGUGUGGAGAAGGAGAAGGCUGAACCGAUUGUUGCUUUCAGCAGGCCACCGACACUUCCCCCGUUUCUCGGAACAUUGGUUGCUCUCUCAGUGCUGGAAUCAUGGACUAAGAGGGAUAGCAAUGAUGAUUGACAGGUGACAUGAAAGCCUUUCCUUCUAGUGAUUGGUAAUGGUUCUGUCAUGGAUGUCAAGAACCUUUGUAUAUAUCCUCUACUUGUAGGAACUGAGAAAAUAAAACUUAGAAGUGUAAUAGAAUGAAGUUAGGAGUUGUUACCUGACUGUGAAGCUAUUCACUGCAUGUUAAGAAUCUUUGCUAGGUAGUAAAAUAUCUUGAGGGUGAUGCUGAGAA